AUGAAUAAUUCUGUAAAAGAAAAUAUGACGAAUUUUAAUAACGUCAGUAAAGUGGUAAAUAGUGUAACAACGUUAACACAGAAUAGUUUUGGUUUGAACGAUGUUGUAGAAGCGUUGAUGGAGUAUAUGAACGCAAGUGAUAUGUGCAGUUUUUUCACUUACUCAAAAACAUAUACCACUUGGGAAAAAGGUAAUAAGCUGCGGGGUCCUUUUAUUAGAAGCUCUUCUAUCAAUUUGGAAGCACCGUUGAAAGAUCGGUGCACUGGGGCCAGUCACUGCAGCUUCAUUAUGAAAAAGACUCACCCACCAGCAGCUGAGUGGUCACCUGGAAUAAUCUACAUCAAAUACUCUUGUUCAGAAGCAUAUGCUACUAAAGAUAUUUCUAAGUUCCUAUGUUUUGAACAGUGUGUGAAAAAUGUUGGCAAAACAUGUAAAUUGGAGAAAAUGUUGAAGGCGUCCCAAACGCGGUGGAUGCACUUUAUAUCGCAGUUUUACGCUCUUUAUUUAAUUGGCACCAGCGGACUUAUUGAAAUAGUGGAGGAGCAACGAUGUCACGACAGCGAAAUCCGGCUGACUUGUCGGGAGCUAGACACCCAUAUCGCAAUUCUGGAAGCCUGGUAUACAUCUAUAGAUGACUAUAACCGUGACCUAAAUAUAUCACACCCAUCAGACAACUUGACAGUGAAAACCGAGAACGAUUCGGAGUUAGAUCGAGUUUACGUUUAUUCUAGUCCAAAACACGACGGCGUGUAUGAGUUAACGAAUCAUUCCAUAUUUGAAAAUGUGACAGACUUCAACACAAGCGUAAACGCAACAGAGUUUAAUGACACUAAACUUUUUACUGACGGUUUCGGUUCGAACGAUACUGUAGAUAUAGAGUCAGUGGAGUUUGUUAACGAUAGUGCGAUGUGCAGUUUACUCUCGUAUACCAGGAGUUAUGCGGGUUGGCAUGACGGCGAAAAGCGGCGGCGGCCUAUCGCGAGAAGCACAUCUAUAAACUUGCGAGCACCUCUAAGUUACCGGUGUACCGGGGUAAACCACUGUAAUUUUCUACUUGAAGAAGACUACCCGCCGGCAGCAGAUUGGCCGUCUGGAGUUAUUUCAAUAAAAUACGCUUGUUUUGAUGAUUCUCUGUCGGUGCACUAUUGCAACCGUGAAGUGCAAGUGGCUGUUUCUGGGCCGGAUAGUGAAGGUUACAUCCGGACGCCCGGAUAUCCGCACUACUACGUGGGGGACGAAUGCCGAUGGAGGUUGAAGGCUAAUCCAGAACAGCGCAUCCGGAUAUCAUUGCUGGAUGUCAGUUUAAGAAGUAUCGGACCUUUUGAAGAACAGUGCACUGAUUACGUGUCGGUAGUAGACUCGAACGGCGAGUCACUUCUCUCCACUUGUGAACAAGUGGACUUGCCUCAUCGGUUAAUAUCUUUAACGGAUACCGUUGAGGUUGUAGUAGAAGCAAAAUCGCAAGGCGCCUACCCAAAAAGAGGCGUUUUACUUCAUUAUAAAAGUAUGGGAUGUGUGACCUUACCAGCGCCAUCUGACGGAUAUCUUGUGUACCGUAACGAAGACGUCGCUCAUUACAUGUGUAAUGUUAAUUUUGUUUUUUCUGACACGCGUCAGAGGGCGCUAAUGCUUUGGUGCUAUGGAGAUAAUAGAUGGAAUGGUACCGUACCUUUAUGUGUAGGUUUAGAUUUACAAAAUUUUUAUUUUUUGAUAUCAAAUUGUGUACCUACUAUUCAAAUGUGCAUUGUAAUUGUGGCUCCAUAUUAUCUUGGUAUGAUAAGAAUUAAUUCGAUAUUAAUUUUAUCAACAGCCAAUUUGUUAUCAGAACUAAAGGCAUAA